AUGAAUAUCACGGGCUCGGUGGUCUCUGAGCGCCAACGCGCGUUGCUCGGAGGCGACUACAAUGCCUAUCAUGUCCAAGCUACCCGCCGAAUUCACAACCUGCGGCGAAGACUGGGAGCCACGAACCGCGGGAGAAAGUACACUCCGAAAUCUACAGUCACCGCCGAAAACGUCGCGCAAAAUGCAGAAUGGGUGCAGCUCUUGCUCGCCAGUUCGGAAAGAGCGUGGGCAGAUUCAAUGGCUAUGAAGUCGGCGCAAUCCACCGAGAACACCCAAAAGGCCAUGCCAGGCUCGACGAAGCGACAGAUAGCCUCGAGGCUGCGACGGGCUAUUCUGUACGCCGAAAACCUUGUUUCGAUCCUCCAGCAUCGCAGCACCAUUGGAGCCAAGGGCAUCGAUGAUUUGGAGGCACGGGCAUACCUGUCCAUGCUUAAAGGAAGUCUUGACUUCGAAAAAGGGCGCUGGCAAGCAUGCAUUGAACACUACUCUAUUGCACAGGCCGUGUAUACGGCGUUGGCACGCAGCUCUCAAGGGUCAGACACAUACAAGGAACUAUUGUCCAGCAUCGUCGACCCGAGCAUUCGCUACGCAGCAUAUCAACUGAAAAUACCCCGAACAAAAGCGACUGCCGAGAUUGCCAUCGAGAACUUUCCCACGUCCGAGCCGGCCCUGCGGAAAGAGGUGGAAGAAAUUGACCCGCAGGCGUUUGUCUUGGGGACGGAUGCAGCUGCUCCUACCAGCGGAGGGCCCCAGGAAAAUCCGUCUACCAUCUCCUGGAGGAGUAGGCAGGUGAAUCUGGAAGAUGCUAAUAUCUCCCAAGCACUAGGAAUCUCGAAGAAACAAGAAGACACCCUGGCCGCGGCGUUCCAGUCUUUCCAAGAAGGCCGCGUGAGUGCCAAAGAUCUUGCAAGCGCAUACGAAGAGGUCAUCACCGCUCGUCAGGACGCUGCGGACGCUACCAAGACCGCCAUUGACGAGCUACUUGCAGAGGGAGUCGACCCUGGAGACGCUCGCAUGCAGUCUCUGCAAGUCACCCGCACGGCUGUCAACUACGCCGUUAUCGAAUGGCGGAUUGGACGGAACCGAGUUCUCUGCGGACCUGAGGACGGUCUACGUUUCACUGCGGAGAAGCAGAAACAGCCAGUCAAACCGCGCAAAGACGGCAAGGCUCGAGCUGUUAAAGAGGAGAGUUCAGGCCGGAAAUUGUCCCGCCUCCGAGAGCGAAGUGCGCUGUAUGACUCAAUCCUCCAAAGUCUUGACGCCGUGAAGGAGCUCCCGGGCGUCAUCGCCGACAGCGCAUUCGUCGUCGAACUUGACGCAAAGCGCGCUUACUUCCGGGCACUGAAAUGCCUCGCCAUCGGCCGCUCCCACGCGAUCAACGACCAUAUUCCGAACGCCUUGGCUCUGUACGCCCGCGCGCUCGAACUAGCUCAGGCAGCAUCGAGUAAUCUACCCGAGAACACGUCUUUUCCGGGCUUGCCGCCAAAACUAGACGUGUCCAGCCAGGCAUUGGCUCAGACCACAUCGACCCUGAGCCGACUUGUAACGCAGUACCGCGCCCUUGCCGAAUUGAAAGCCUUGACACCGCAAUCCCAGUCCGACAAAGACGGCAUUGAGAACGAGACGGCAGGGCCGUCCUUCAAAUCCGCCCCUCUGAUCGAGCGCCUGAAUCACCACGAAUACAUUGACCACGUGGACUUGACAAACCUAGUCAACUACCCGCCAAAGCUGCGUCCUGUACCCGUGAAGCCGUUGUUCUUUGACGUCGCGUGGAACUACAUUCUCUACCCUUUUGAGAAACGCGAUCAAGAAGACGAAGGCGCAGUGAAUGGGAAAGCGGACGGCGGUGCCGCCGUGCCGGAGAAGAAGCAGGAGGAACAGAAGCCGACGAGGAGGGGUUGGUUCGGGUUUGGACGGUGA